AUGCUAGCGCCAUUCACUCUCGCUGUUGCAUUGCAUUUGCUACCAGUAGCAAAUGCCCUGGUUAGGGAAAGUGGUGUUGGUAGAUUGCCUGCUCUAGGAUGGAAUUCCUGGAAUGCAUUCGGAUGUGAUAUCAAUUCCACCAAGGUUCUAACCGCUGCCAAUGAGGUUGUUAAUCUUGGACUGAAGGAUCUGGGUUAUGAGUAUAUCAACAUCGAUGACUGCUGGAGUAUUCAGAACACCCGCGAUAAUAGCACAAAUCGCAUCAUUCCAGAUCCAUCCAAGUUCCCCGAUGGUAUCUCCGGUGUUGCAGAGCAAGUCCAUGAUUUGGGACUGAAAAUCGGCAUUUACAGCAGUGCUGGUGAUGAGACUUGUGCCCAUUAUCCCGCUAGUCUGGGAUACGAGACAGUCGAUGCGCAGUCUUUUGCUGACUGGGGUAUUGAUUACCUCAAAUAUGACAACUGCGGUGUCCCCAGUAAUUGGACGGAUUCAUACCAUUACUGUGUUCCUGAGGGCUCUGGUAGCCACCCUAAUGGCACCUGUCCUGAUCUUAGCGAUCCCGCCCCAGAAGGAUAUGACUGGAAAACAUCGAACACAUAUGCCCGGUAUACUGCAAUGCGUAAUGCUUUACUCAGCCUUGACCGAACAAUCUUAUAUUCUCUUUGUGACUGGGGCCAGGCUGACGUCAAUACCUGGGGUAAUGAAACCGGAAAUUCAUGGCGCAUGUCUGACGAUAUCAACGCAAAUUGGGCCCGUAUUGCAGAAAUUGCCAAUGAGAAUAGCUUCCUGAUGAAAUAUGUCGAUUUCUGGGGUCAUCCUGACCCGGACAUGUUGGAGGUUGGUAAUGGAGCUCUUACUCUCGAGGAAAAUAGGGCACACUUUGCCCUUUGGGCCAUCAUGAAGUCCCCUUUAAUCAUUGGCACGGCGCUUGAUUCUAUCAGCGAUGACCACGUGGCCAUUCUGAAGAACAAGUAUCUUAUUGACUUCAACCAAGACCCUGUUUUUGGCAGUCCUGCCCAUCCUUAUAAGUGGGGUUACAAUCCCGACUGGACUUUCGACGCCGUCCAUCCAGCAGAGUAUUGGUCUGGUACAUCCUCCACUUUACAGGGCACUUUGGUGCUAAUGCUGAAUUCCGAGAAUGUGACUUCUACUCGCACUGCGACAUGGAGCGAGGUUCCCCAGCUCAAGAGCCAUGAUGCAUAUCAUGUCAUUGAUGCUUGGACUAGCAAGGAUCUGGGCUGCGUGAAGACUGAGUAUAGCACCUCCUUGGAGAGUCAUGAUGUGGCUGUGCUGGUGGUCAAGAGACGAUGCUAG